CUGACCACUGUCCUUCCCCAAAACCCUCGUCCAUGGCGGCCGCGGCACCGCCGCUCGCGGAGUUCGCCCGCGACGCUAUGGCCUACGUAGCCGAGGAGGAGGAGGAGGAGGACCCCGAGGAGGUGGAGCCGUGGGUUUCCUCCGACUCGGAGCCGGACGAGCACCCGGCGCCCAAGCCGCGGAGCCCUUCCCCCGACACGCAGCCGGAGCAGCCGCCGCCGCCGCCGCCUGCGCCGACGAAUUCGGCGUCCGAGGUGGCGGAGGAGGGGAAAAAGGCGGCGCCUUGGCCCGGGUUUCCCGGCGCGAGCGUGUUCCGGCUGGUCGUGGCCGGGGACAAGGUGGGCGGCCUCAUCGGCCGCCGGGGCGAGAUCGUCAAGCGUCUCUGCGAUGAGACCCGCGCCCGCGUCCGCGUCCUCGACGCCACGGACGGCGUCUCCAGCCGGAUUGUCUUGAUAUCCGCAACAGAAGAAACACAAGCAGAACUGGCACCUGCUAUGGAUGCUGCAGUUAGGAUCUUCAAACAUGUAAAUGAUAUAGAAGGGAUCAAUCCUGAUGUCACAUUAUCUGCUUCUGCACCAGAAAUUUGUUGUGCUAGAUUACUGGUUCCUAAAGCACAAGCGGUGCACUUAAUUGGCAAGCAAGGAACCAUGAUCAAGUUAAUGCAAGAAACUACUGGUGCUACCAUGAGGAUUAUAGAUCAAGACGACUUUUUGAGUAAUCAGAUGGUGGUUGAAAGAAUUGUGGAGAUACGUGGUGCUUCCCUCAAGGUCCUCAAUGCCCUAAAAUCAGUACUUGGACUUCUCCGGAAGUUCCUAGUUGAUCAUAGCGUCCUUCAUCUAUUUGAAAGAAAGCAGAACCAAGCAGUAACCGAGGUGCGGGAUAGUUGUAAAGAAAAUCAGGUCACCAAUGGUUAUGCUCUUCCAGUGAACCAGGACCUUUUGUUAUCCGACAGUCGAAGUCCUCUUAACCUGAAUGGCAGCAGAUAUUUGUCAUACGGACAUGACCCAUCUGUUUGUGACCCAUAUUCACCAGAUAUCAGACGCCCAACUGUCUCCUUAAUAUCAAAGAUUAUGCAAACGAUGCAGAUCCCUUUGCUGCAAGCUGAAGAGAUAAUUGGUGUCAGGGGACAGACCAUUGCUCAUAUACGUUCUGUCAGUGGAGCAGUGGUUGUCCUCGAGGAAACUGGAAAUUAUCUGGAUGAGGUUCUAGUUUCGAUCGAAGGCACUUCUUCACAAGUUCAGACCGCGCAUCAACUCAUACAGGAGGUCCUACUGGGCGACGGAAAAGUUCUACCACCCAGGAGCAGCAGCUACGGCAACCCAGAGGCUGGCCCGGUCAGGCCGCCGUUCGCCCCGGGCGGCGCUGCUCCGGCGAGUCCGGAGUACGCCCCGCCUCUGUACCGCGACUACCGGUCGUUGUCCGGGAGCGUCCGCCACUGCCACUCUGCUGCUUACCACGGGUACAGGCUGUAGCACGCGGAGCCGAGCGACUGACCGCGCGCCUAUCCUCCUCAUCGCCGCGCCUAACCUAACGAUCACCACCCGGACCAUGCCCGAUUAAGCAGGAAUUGAAUGGAACGGCUUUGCCGUGACGAUUGAUCGUUUUUGGGGACGUGAUAGUUUCCAUGCCGGCUUGUGAUGUACUCCCUCUGUUCCGAAUUACUUGUCUCGGAUAUGAAUGUAUCUAGAACUAACAUACAUCUAGAUACAUCCAUUUCUACGACAAGUAAUUCCGAACGGAGGGAGUAAAUGCUGUAGAUGGCAACCGAACGCCUCCUUGACUGCAUGUUUUAGUGUCAGCCCAACGCUGUCUUCGACCCUGCUCUUC